AUGGGUGCUUGUACUCGUUGUGGCAAGAUGGAUCAUGCGGUUCGGGACUGUCCGGGACCGGACCAGAGUCGGGGACUGGGCUCGGGUGGUGGUGGAUCUUUCCACUAUCACGGCUGUGGCAAGGCAGGACAUCUCCAUAGGGAUUGUCCCAAGUCACAGGGUGGACAGGACAAAAACCGUGGAGAGGCAAACAAGUCGAGCCAGAACCGGGGUCAGUCCUCCACACCAAGAGUGUAUGAGCUGUCUAAGGACGCGGACGAGGCUGGACCGUUCAAGGCUAUCACUGGGACCUUGAGUAAUGGUGGUGUGGAAACACAUGUACGUUUCGACACUGGAGCUACACAUAGUUUUGUGAGCCCAGGGAUGAUCGGAAAGGGUUUGUUUCGGAUAGGAACUGAGGAUGAACCCUGCAUAGUGAAUGCCGCUGGUGGCCAACAGAUACAUUCAUUAGGGCGGGUUAAGGGGAUUCCGGUAGUGAUCGAAGACAGGGUAAUGCCUGCGGAUCUGAUUGUUAUCCGCCUUGAGAAUCAUGAAGUGAUCUUAGGUAUGGAUUGGCUUGGAGAGCAUAGGGCCACCCUUGACUGUCGUCAUGGACGGGUGCAGUUUGAGAUGGGUUUUGAAGCCCCGGUUAGCUUCCAAGGGAUGUGUCCGACCCCUGGAAAUAUAGUGGUGUCAGCAGUUCUAGCGGAACGGAUGCUUGAAAAUGGUUGCGAGGCCUUUUUGGCUACCAUUACCACUAGGGAGGUCGUAGGGGGUGGUAACCAGGACGGGAUUCCGGCUGGGACAGCCCCAAUGUCAAAAAGUCCCUACCGCAUGGCUCCGGCUGAGAUGGCAGUGCUGAAGAAACAACUUGAAGAGUUGUUGGAUAAGGGCUUUAUACGCCCCAGUGUCUCGCCUUGGAGAGCACCAGUUCUCUUUGUUAAGAAAAAGGAUGGUAGCUUCAGGUAUAAUUCCUUUUGGGAUGUGAGAGGAGAACAAAAUGGAUCUUGGAUAUGGAGGAAGCUCCUGAAACUAAGAGAUGUGGCCUAUGAGUUCGUUAGAUUUGAUAUCGGGGAUGGUCGAACUACUUCCUUCUGGUUUGACAAUUGGCUUGGAAUUGGGAAAUUGUUUAAUAUUACAGGAGCGGUGGGCACCACUUAUCUGGGUAUAUCACGCCAUGCCAAAGUCAGUGACGCAGCGAGGGGGAAUACGUGGAACAUUCGAGGACGUAGGAGUCGGCGGUACCGGGAGCUUUAUGACCAGAUCUUAGCUGCGGCUCCUCCCUCCCCUGGUACAGGUAGCGAUAUUAUAUUAUGGAAGCAUGGGGUUGAUGAUUACAGGACCACGUUUUCAGCGGCAAGAACUUGGGAUCAACUAAGAGAAAGGAGAAGCAACGUGGAUUGGUGUAAAGUGGUAUGGUUCGCACAGGGGGUUCCUAGAUUCUCCUUCAUAACAUGGCUGUCAAUAAGGAACAGGUUAUCAACGGGAGAUCGUAUGCGAACAUGGGGUAUUAUUCAGGAUGAAAAGGUCAUCGCCUAUGGUUCAAGACAGUUAAGGAAGCACGAGGAGAAUUACCCCACCCAUGAUCUAGAGAUGGCCGCAGUGGUAUUUGCAUUAAAAAUAUGGAGAUUCUAUCUUUAUGGCAAGACGAUUCAAAUCUUUACUGAUCACAAGAGUCUCAAGUAUCUCUUUACUCAGUCAGAUUUGAAUUUGAGACAAAGGAGGUGGAUGGAGUUUAUCAUGGAUUAUGACUUACAAAUCCAAUAUCACCCAGGAAAGGCGAAUGUGGUAGCAGAUGCACUGAGUCGGAGGAGAAGUGAUACAACUAUUGAGAAAGACUUAGAAGCCUUAAACGCAGAAUUCAAGAUGGUUAGUCUUUCAGCCAUAGAGUGCGAGGGCAGCGAGACAUUGGGAUUACAAGCAGUGAAUCAAGCAAACCUCUUGCAAAGAAUUCGAGAAGAGCAGCAGGAAGAUGUGAAGCUAAAGAAGAUUAUAAAAGAACUUGAAGAAUCAGGCGGAAGAAAUGAUAGUGGUUAUUAUUUGGCUGAUGACUGA